CCAGAAGCAAAAACAGAGCUAGCAGUUUAACGGACAUGAGCCAACUGAAGUUGCGCUGGCAAAUUACUGGUACAAGCUGCUCAGUUCGAAGUUUGAAGCUGUAUGUGGAGAGGCGCCCUUAUGAAUCUCGUGGAUGAUAAAAGAGUAAAGUUCAAGUUGUACAGCUGCAGUAGAUAGUUGUAGACGUAGAAUAGAUAGUUCAUUGUCCUCCUGUACAUAGUCAGCAGGAACUUUUGAUAGGUCCGGCGACGCUUAAAGCACUAAAGUAAAGCAACCGGCUCGCUUUCCCUCUGAUUCGUAGGCUUCUCCCUUCAUGCAGUACCAGUAGUUGUACGAUUUUGCAGGUCCCGACGACUCAUCUACAUCUUCUAUCGAUGGAAGUUGUCUCCAAAAAAAAACACGAAUUCAAUUUUCUCUUAAUUUAUCUAAGCUUGCUUCUCCCGUCCCUCUAAUUGCUCAUCUCCGCAUCUGCUACGACCCUUCCUACCCCGCAGGAAAUCAUAGCGGAAUUUCGCAGUCCCGUGAAAACUGCAAAAGGCGUCCUCACAGUCCAGCCCGCAUACCCAUGCAAAUGCACUAAGAAUGAGUAUGAGAUGAAUGAUAACUAACAAUGUCAAUGCUUGCAACCGUCAAUAGUAUUACUAGAGACCAAGAAUAAUUACUAGACUAAGACUUGAUGUGAAUAACUUCAGGCAGGAAAAUGUUGAGAAUAUUCUAGAUGAUGAAAAUGAUACAACUGUGCAUAGAAGAUGGCUAUAUUUUGAUUUGCCCACUAAAAUGAUUAUACAGCGAUAUUAGAUCAGAAGAUGUUGAUGAUGCCUAAUGUAAUAACGAUCCCUGCUGCCACCUAUGCUAUAUCCCUAUGUUCACUCUUUUUGCAUGUAGUCGUCUUUCUAUUCUCCUUACUCAAUUAAUGGCAAGAUCUUCUGGUGAAACACAUAGAAUAAGCAUUUGAUGUUCUUGCUCCGAAAAAUCGCAAUUAAAAUUCCUCGCAUAUUAUUGGCAGGCAUAUUAUGCUAACUUCUUCCCGCCCAACUACAUAGAUACACACAACAUGUCUUAUUCGUCUUUUUGAUAUAUUAAAAUUCUCUCUCGAUGAUGAUCUCUUAAUCUCAUGCAACCUGGUGUUGGUCGUCAAUCUUGGCCUGUCUAUUUUUAUGCAACCAAGAACCUGAAUUCCUUCUGAUUUUACUCUUUCUCAGUGCAACCUCAUUUGUUUUCCGAUCUAAAUGAUCAAACGGUCAUGUCACAAACUUCUCUACGCGGCUUGAUCUCCUUACUAUCUACCUGCUAAGAUGGAGAAGGAAAAGACUUCCUUUUGUUUUGCUAGUUUUCUUGCCCACAAACUUGCUACAGAUGAGGUUUGAUGUUAUUAUCUCUGUACAACGGGCCCGCAGGAAGACCGUGUGGCCGAAAGAGCGCCCACGUUCUUCACAGACUCUGCCAAUAUAUUGUCGAUAUUUAUAAGCGACAAAAUAGUGGACUUCGUUGUCAACAAGAUUGUAGGUACCACGAUUCUGCAUAUUGAU